CCUCUUUGUCCCUCACUUCAUUUUUUUUAACUGCUACUGCUACUUGUUAAAAGAACCGGAGUUUUUUUAGCUUUCCUCGCCCAACCCAACGUUCCCUUCCCUUCCCUUCAAAAGGGGCAUCACAGGUAGUAUUGGAAGAGAGUUAAUUUUGAUAGUCAUGGAAAGACUGAACUCAAAUCUGUACCUGCAGAACUGUUACAUAAUGAAAGAGAAUGAAAGGCUGAGGAAGAAAGCACAGCUUCUGAACCAAGAGAAUCAAGCACUGUUAUCUGAGCUGAAACAGAAACUCUCCAAGGCCAAUAACAACAAUUCCAAGGGAAAAAAUUCAGCAACUAGUGCCAUUCCUGACCUAAACCUUGGCUCAACUUCUAACCCAAAUCCUAGCCAACCCUGAUUCCCCAAGAUAGACAUUAUGAUCCAAUGUACACCCCCCCCCCGGGCCCUUGGCCUCCCUUUUUUCUUUUUCUGUAAAACCAUAGCUAAACGGUGGUAGAAGGCUAGAUUUAGCUUCAUUUCAGCUAAAUAUAGGGUAGUUGUAGUAUCUUUCUCCAUCUUUCUCAGUAUCUUCUUUUGUGGGGGAUGAUCUGGAUUUACGAUCAACGAAGGAUGUAUGAGUCUAUCUGCUAGGAAUCAAUAUAAUAUUAUCACAUUUCUAGUCUAA